AACACGGGCGAGUUCAAAACAACAACAACGAGAGGGCUUAGCUGACUUCCUGACGUUCAUUUUCUCAAAAAGAUAUCAGCGAAACGACAGAUAAUCAUGUUUUCGAAGCUCGGGGCAAAGAUCUCGUCUGAUCAAAAGAAGACCAGGAAAACGAAACCUUCCUUGGCAGGAACAGACUUUUUAUCUAGCUGGACGGAGCUGCAGCUGAGGGAAAGUGAGGCAGAGGAGCUAAAAAAGAAGUGCGCCGAGCGGAAAGAGUAUUUGGAGAUUCUGGAGCGGCGCAUCGAGGACCUGAAAAAGGAAAAUGCAGACAUUUAUAAACCGGAGUACUCCCAUGAAGCUUUUCUUAAGGAUAAAGAAGCCAAGGUUUCUCUAAAGAGGGUAAAGAGAGAGAUGAAGGGGCUGCGAGAGAAGGAGGCCAAGGUGGAGAGGCUGAAGGAGGAGUACGCCGAGAUGACCGCGAGGAAGGAGACGCUGCUCUGUGAAGUGCAGAAACACUCUGUGUACAAGGAUUUCAUGGCAGAAGUCCUCAAAUUAACCAGAUUUGAGGACGUGGACGCGCUCACGGGUUACUUUGAGAGCCUGCUCCACUUCAGGGACCAGCUCUAUCAGAAGGAGAACCAGGUGCAGGAGCAGGUGGACCAGCAGAGGAGGGUGCUGCUGACCCUGGAGGACCAGCACAACCUGCUCUUCCUGCAGAAGAACAACCAGCUGGCGCAUCUGCAGACCGAGCUGGACAGGGUCCGCGCCGAGGCUCUGAUCUGGGACAGGAGGUGGAGCCACAUCCAAGAGACGGCCGCAAAGAAGACCCUGGAGCUGGGCCUGAUCAAGAUGGCCACCCUGAAUCUGUACGAGUCCACGGGCGGCGUGGUGGGACCCGAAGGGGUGGACAUCAACGACACGGAGAGGCAGCUGGAGCAGAUCAAGAGCUUUAUCAAGGACCAGAAGGACAUCAUGAAACAGUAUCAGGUUAUAUUACAGAGGAAAACAGAUGAAGAAAACAGAGAAGCGAAGCCUCAAAGCGAGGCAAACGACAAAUAAAGUCUCACUUAAAUCACAUUUAGCUCUGUGUUUUAAUUUUCUUCAUUCUGCAUCACGACACCAUCAGAACAUUCUAUACCCUCCUGAGAGCCUGUUCACUGUGAGGACGCUGCAUUUCUG